AAAAUGUAAAAUUCAAGGAAGUAACUAUCGUUUAAUUUUCCACCACAAUUGGAAACGACAUGAAGAGUGGGGCCUUGAAGUUGUUUCUGAUUCGUAGGAAUACAAAAAAAUUCGUUGGAUACGAAACUUCGCUCAUCGGUGUUAUUUGUUUAGGCUGACUGUUUCAACUCAAUUCUUUUCGUUUUCACAAGUCUUCAUGGAAAAAAAUCCCAAGUCAACUGCCGUGUUCACUUUCACCCUGACUUAAGUUGCGUGUAAAUAAAUUAAUUGAAUUGAGACAACCGCACCAGAAUCUGAUUUCUCUAUUCUUCUUCUUCUUCUUCUUCUUCUUCUUUCUUCCGAAGGUUGUCUAGUUAGGCUGGCAUGGUAUUCUCACGUAGGGCUGCUUCUAGUUCAGUUGUUUAUGCCUCUCUGUUUCAUCUAUAUAUCCUUCAGUUGGUUGAUUCUCAAUGCCCAAAGCAGUUCCAGUGUGGAAAUCUUGGCAAUUUGGAGUUUCCUCUGGCCAAUUCUUCGGGAUGUGGAUUGUUCACGGUUGAGUGCGGCGCUCGGCCGAAUCCAAUAAUUCACCUGGAUAAUCAUGAGCUUUCACCACCCUAUUCCCCCUUCCUAUGGAUUCUGGAAAAGUUAUCUCCCAAUGAAUUAUUUAUUCGAAAUAUAUUUCUUAAAGGUGUUUUAUUCAGUAAUAAUUAUGAGGAAUUAUGCAAAUUCUUUUCUCAUCUCCCUAUGCCACACUUUCCUGAGUCUCCUUCUAUUUCGAUUUCAUUCUUCCCGAAUAUCACUCUCUUUAAAUGCAACAAAGAUAGGAACUACGACAGUGAGAUACCUAAUUUCCGAGAAAUUUAUGGAAACUACGAUGUUUGUGAGCGCUUCAAUAUAUACUACCCCAAGUCGAAUGGAAGUCUUCCGUCCCCCAAAAACUGUGCAGUUCUUCACUUGCCACGCAAUUUACGAGAUAACCCAGAUUCAUUGGACUUGUUCAAACGGCUAGGUGAUGUUUAUCAUCUAGAAUGGAAUGUGUCUGAUGAUUGUCUUAAUUGCCACAGAGGAGGAGGAAACUGUACAACUAAAACAGAUAAUGAAUUCCGAUGUGAUAAAGUUACAGAGAAAAGGAGGGAUUUCAAGAUGAUCCUAGCCGCAGGUAAAUGCGCUAUACCAGGAAGUGUAGUUAUACUUUGCUUGCUGGGCGUGCUGGGCUUUUUCAUUUGGCGCCAUAAACGAAGAAUCAAUGAUGCAUACUUACUUUCGAGGAACAUAUCCUCCGAUCCCUCAAAAUCAGACAUUGAAGGCGGGAGUCUCUUCUUUGGUAUCCCCGUCUUCACCUAUACAGAACUUGAAGAGGCUACCAAUAAUUUUGAUUCUUCUAAAGAACUUGGAGAUGGAGGUUUUGGAACUGUCUACUAUGGCAAACUCCGGGAUGGAAGAGAAGUAGCAAUAAAGCGCCUCUAUGAGCAUAACUAUAAGCGAUUAGAGCAGUUUAUGAAUGAAAUCAAAAUCCUUACUUGCUUGAGGCACCCGAAUCUUGUUUCUCUUUAUGGCUGUACAUCUAGGCGCAGCCGGGAACUCCUACUCGUUUACGAGUACAUUCCUAAUGGCACAGUUGCGGAUCAUAUCCAUGGUGACAGAGCUAAUGAAGCACCGCUUUCAUGGCCAAUUCGCAUGAAAAUUGCCAUAGAGACUGCUUGUGCAUUGGCAUACCUGCAUGCAUCUGAUAUAAUACAUCGUGAUGUGAAGACUAACAACCUACUGCUCGACAAUAGUUUUUGCGUUAAAGUUGCAGAUUUUGGGCUUUCAAGACUCUUCCCUAAUGAUGUCACUCAUAUAUCAACUGCCCCUCAGGGGACUCCUGGAUAUGUGGAUCCGGAAUAUCAUCAAUGUUACCAACUUACUGAUAGAAGUGACGUAUACAGCUUUGGAGUUGUCCUUACUGAGCUCAUAUCAUCAAUGCCUGCCGUGGAUAUAAGUAGGCAUAGGCACGAAAUCAACUUAGCCAACUUAGCGGUAAGCAGGAUACAACGGUGUGCAUUUCACGACUUAAUCGAUCCAUCUCUUGGAUUUGGAUCUGAUGCUGAAGUUACAAGGAUGACUACUUCAGUGGCGGAGUUAGCUUUCCGAUGUUUGCAACAUGAAAAGGAUCUGAGGCCUUCUAUGGACGAAGUAUUAGCAUUUUUGAAGGAGAUAAGGGGCGACGAGGAAUUAGAAAUUGAGAAUAAAAUGAAGACUAAUGACAGUCACAGUGUUCCAAGAGGUGUAAAGAUCCCACCUUCACCUGAAACAGAUGAUAUUGUAUUGUUGAAGAGCAAGAAUUUGAAAUGCUCACCAAGUGCUGUGACUGAUAUGUGGAUUAGUGACUCUACAACCACUAGUUCCAGCGGGUGAGAUUCCUUUUGUUGUUUCUACAAGUAGAUGAUAGUAAGAAUGUUAUUAAACACUCUUUAUAUUGUUUACCAAAUGAGUGGGAUUUAUUUCAUCUUCCAUGCUUUCACCUUCACAAACAGUAAAUAUAGAACUAAAGACUGAGAAUAUGCUAGUAAAUGAUGUAGCUUUUUUAA